ACCAUCUCCGUCACAACCAUUAAUUGAGAAGUGUUUUGACAGGACAUCGGGCACUUUGUGUAUUAUGUGCCCGGUGCCCGACGAUUUUCCAGUGUAAUCAAAUGAACGGCCGUUGAUCUUUCUACAAAGGCUGUCGGGAUUACUAAAAGGCACAAGAGGUGAGAGCCAGGACGCUUCGUAGAGACCAUCCUCGCGGGCAUCAUGUCUACCCUAGCAGCAGCGCAUCGACCUUUGCGCGUUGCAUGUCCCGCACAUAGGUUUGAGAUAUUUUAAGCGUGCACUAAAUGCGUCCUUGUUCGGCAAUAGCUUUACUGUUGCCAGGAGAUCAGUGAUCAUUAAACGCUACUGCAACUGUUGGUCUGCUGCAAGAGCGAACUUCCUCUCAUUGGCAGCGAGAACAUGCCGCACGACUCGACCACCAAAUCAAGCAAAACCAAGGGAAUAAAGAACCUUGCUCGCGUUCUCAGUGACAAGGACUCCGACUUACCGUCUCCUUACGCCAAGAAUGACGACGGCGAAUCCGUGCUGCCAUCGGCAUUCAGGGGCCGCUUGUACGAGCUGUUCGGCCAGAUCGAGAAAGAGUUCGAGUCGCUGUACGCCGAGAAUCUCGCACUGAAGGAGAAGGUGGAGACGCUGAGCGAGCAGCUGGGCGCCUGUUCCCUGCUGCCGGCCAGCGGCGCCCACGAGCUGACCGUCGACGCGCACGUGGCCGGCGAGCACGCCUCCACCGCCGUCGCGGGGGCCAAGGCCACGGCCAAGGCCAAGAGGGAGUCCAUGACCGCAAGCCAGCUCUCACAGAAAAUAAAGAGCACAUACAAGUUGAAGGCUUCCACCAGUCGCAUUGUCUCGAGCUUCAAGACGUCCACCUUGAGCUGUCAGCUGGCUGUGAGCUACUUUGGCCAUCGUGAUGGAGUCUGGGAGGUCAGCACGUCACGCUCAGGCCUCUUGGUCAUCGCAACAGCAUCGGCAGACCAUACUGCCCGGCUUUGGGACAUUCAGACGGGCCAGUGCAUUGUGCAGUAUGCGGGACACGAGGGUUCAGUGAACUCUGUGCGCUUCCACCCAACGCAAGAUCUUCUUGUGACAGCCUCGGGGGACCAGAGCGCCCACAUCUGGAGGGCUGCCACAUCAGCAGCUGCGGCUUUGGAUUUGGUGAAAGGACAUUCAUCGGAAGACGAGGUUGACCUUUCAGAGAAAGAAGAUGAUAUUGACUCUGCAAGCAACGUUCUUGUGAUGAAAAGCCCGCUGACUGAGCUGACGGGCCAUAGCAGUGUUGUGAUAGCGUCCGACUGGCUGUCGGGUGGGGACCAGGUGAUCACUGCAUCCUGGGAUCGCACGGCCAACGUCUACGACGUUGAGAAGGGAGAGCUUGUCAUUCAGCUCGUUGGCCACGACCAAGAAUUGACCCACACCAGCGCGCAUCCGACGCAGCGUCUGGUGGUGACGUCCUCUAAGGACACAACAUUUCGCCUGUGGGACUUCCGGGAGCCGAUACACUCAGUCAGCGUGUUUCAGGGCCACACAGAGGCUGUGACCUCUGCCGCAUUUGCAUCAGGAGACAAAGUUGUGUCCGGAAGUGAUGACCGCACGGUUAAGAUCUGGGACUUGAAGAACAUGCGGUCACCACUGACGACAAUCAGGCUGGACUCGCCUGUUAACAGGCUUGCCAUCUCCAACCAGAAUGUCAUAGCCAUUCCACACGACAACAGACAGGUCAGGCUGUACGACAUGUCUGGCGUCCGUCUCGCAAGGCUACCUCGUAACAGCAGACAGGGCCACCGACGCAUGGUGUGUGCUGCUGCCUGGCUCGACACCGACCAGGCCAAUGUCAAGGCGAAUCUCUUCACGUGCGGCUUUGAUCGCAACACUCUGGGCUGGAACGUUGGCGUACCUUCUAAGGAGGAGUGCAAGGCCAGCCUUCUGAAGGCCAACUGAGAGAGCAUCGCGUGGAAUCCGUUGAAGGCUCUCCAUAUAUCUUUAUUUUCUUGCUUCGUUUUCCCGCACGUGGGCCAGCAUGGAACAACAGUAGCAUGCGCAACAAACUGUGACAAAAACGGGGCCACCGAUCACGAGCAGUGGUGAACAUAUCAGGUGCAGGAUGUCUGCGUCGCAGACGGCAGGAACAGCAUUUAAUCUGCGUGAUCGGCUCAGCGGCAAAGCGCUGCCCGCUACUCUCUUCCGUUGAAUUGAGCGUUGAAGUUUUUUUCUCUUCUAGUUCUUUGCUCAUGCAAAAAUACUUUGAACAUUAUACGAUAGGAAAGCACUAUGGAGAAACACAUCCCCUUUAAGUGCUGUUUUGUGAACAUCCUCUAGUUAUUUUGUUAGUUGGGGGCAACUUCAGUUUAGCCCGGACAAGAAACGGGAAUAGGCCAAUCAUAAAACAAAAGCUAAAAUGGCAAGCAAGUGUCAUGCGCAAAAGACUUGUACUGACGUACUGUUGUGCUCCUCCUUUAGUGAUGAGUCUGUGAUUUGGACUUCAAAGUGUCAUGAGCUUAGACGCAGUUGGCUGGAAGCCAGAUGCAGGAGAUGUUUAGGACAGUCAAUCUUUCAUUUCUUUUUCUUCUUCGAUAGUUGAACAGUGUAUGCGAGAGAAAAAAAAUGAGUUGUUGCAAUAAUAAUAUACUUAUCCAACUUGUUUGAGUAGCGAUAGCUGUUCCGGGUGUUGUGACAAUGGCGCACGCAUUUUUGUGCGCAGAUUACCAAAGGAGAGUUUUUUGAGUGAUUUGUGGACACCUUUGAUGUUGUAGGCAUCUCUUUCGUCUGUACAGUUCAUUUGACAGUUGUGUCUUGUUUGGUUUAUAAAAAAGUUACAUAACGUGCUGAGGUUGUGUGGAUAUUUACCGUUUGUAAGUGAGCAGCCGUUAGUUACUAGCUGGCUGUCUCUGUAGCAGAACACUGGUCUAAUAGUUACUAGCAUUACCAGCCAUGACGGUGUGCAAUCAUUCCCUCUCUUACCCGAUGCAUUUCACGCGAAUAGUUCCCCAACAGUGUAAAUGUUUCUUUUAAGGACAACCAAGACAAUGAUUUCUUGUGAACCACAAAGCAUGCAUUUCUACAUGCUACGUACAAUUCUUCGCAUUUUCAAAAUCUUAAUCUACCAUUAUACAGGCCGGAUGUUUCUUCUUGUACCAUUAGCAAGUUGUUCUACUGUUGAUUAGACAUGCAUUGUGAAUGUGUGUUCACUUGGAAAUGUACUGUCUGGAUGUAACACCACUGUCGCACUGGGACAUCUGAAUGUCAGUUAGGUUGAAUAAGUUUGUAGGAAUGAUCAAGAACACCUAAUGAUUUCGACGGUCAUGACAGCAGUUUUGUGGUUAUUCUUCCCUUUUCUUCAGAGCAAGCUGCUCAUUGUCAGAAAACGUCUUAUUAAUUUCCGUAAAGGUACAUUCAAGUACUCCCGGUGUGGCCUGGUUACCUGUUGGAUGUCAAGUUCAUUUAGCUAGAGUUCUUUCUCUUCAAGAUACAGUCCCAGAACAAAGCUGCACUCUAUUGUUUUCUUGUGCUACUCACGCCUCCGUUAUUUAUAUGUAGCCUCGUAAUAAGUGAUUGGUGUGCUAUUCAUUAUAUGCCUUGAAAAAUGUCACUUGACAAGUUGUUUCAUACGGUUUCAGUUAAUUAUAAAUUAUACUCAGCGACAACUUUUCUUGACAGCACUGUGGAAGCUACAGUACUGAAGUGCAUGCCUGCUACCGCUGCCAAAAAUAAGUACUUAUGUUUACUGAUAAUUUUCUCAUUUGUCUUGCUGAAAUAAAUGCUGCUUUAUUUAUUAUGAGACUCAAACAGUUGCGGCAAGUCGUAGUUAAAAUACAGUUAAUGUUCACCUUGCAAGAAUGCCUUCCUUUUCUUUCCAUUUCUUAGACAGCGCCACCUUUUCAACAGGCCCGUUUUCCAAAGUAAACAUGGCAUCCGUGACGUAGUGGGCGAGUGUGCAGCCGCAAACGCGCCGUUUAGUUCUCCAGGAAAAAUAUACUCGUAAUAUGAUGCUAAAAUGUACACUGAACAAUCGAAAUGUCUCUCCCAUUCACAUUUUUCGUGAAUAUGUUUUCUAAAUGCGUUAAUGAUGUGAGCGAGCAAAACCGAAAUCAGCUGCAAGCUACAGUACUACUUGCAGAGCAACAUGAAUGUGCGGAAGCCCCGCCUCCGUAGCCUUCGCUCCCCUGUCAAGAUAAGUUGUCGCCGAGUAUAGUGAAAUUCCAUCAUUCAGCUGUCCCGAAUGCCCCGUUUCUUUUAGUGUCCACUAGUACAUACAGUUUUGGUGUCGGCUUUCGUAUCAUGUGUUUAUGUAAAUAGCAUAUAACUGAUGAUCUGAUAGAAAAUGUGUGAACAUUUGUGCAUGUGAUGUAUUCAUUCUGUUCUAGUCUCCUUGUAUAGGCACAGAUGAAAACAAAAACUGCUGUGGUAGAAAAGAAAAUUGACACGGUGGUACAGACUUCUACCAAAAACCUUGUUUUAUUGCUUUUUUUUCCCUUGCUGUUUUUUUUUUCCAGAAAACAGUUGGCGCUUGGUUUUCUGACAGCCACUUCAAGCAUGUUAGCAACCCUGUACACUUAUUAAAGACAUUUUAUGACCUUUUCA